CAGCGUGCUAAGACCCGAGAGCGCAGAUCGCUUAGAAAAGGAAAGGUAACUGCUCUAGACUCCUGACAGCACAUGGUGCCAUCUUCCCCCGGUGUAGCUAGUGCCACUGCCGUAGACCUUGGCUAUGCAUCUCUGUGCUGUUGAUUAUUGAAUCGGCUAACAACGGCCUGAUGCUCAGAUCAUGUCAUGAUUGGACACGGCCUGUCAUAACCUCAUGACUUCUCUUGUCAUCUGAUAUCGGUCAUCAGGUGUUCCGCUGAUGGACACACCUCCACUGCAUCAGCCUCAGAAUAACAACUAGGGCAGUGAGGGGCAUGGCUGUAUCAAUUCGUAACUUGUUCCAUAGAGCUACUAAUGAUCUCAGUCGCAGUUUGAGAGUGUUUGUAAGUUAGUUUAGGAGCACAUCCUCGCCCAGCCAUUGGAGUUUGUGCUGUUGGAGGCAUUGGAUGGCUGACUAAGGAGAGUAAGGAUGAGCAUCUUCACCAAGACGGGCAGCCCUGGCUGGAUAGGUUCAGUCAGUAUGUCCAGCUGGCUGGUAGCUCUUGUCAUCGUCGUCUGUUUCUUGGUGACCCGAGCUGCACACAGUCGACAUGUAGGUCAGGAACAAGUGCAGAGAGCUAGCCAGGACAGUGUUGCUGAUGCUGAUGCUCUGACUCAAUACUAUGUGUCAACCAGUGGCAGUGACAGCGGUGAUGGAAGUCAGGCACAUCCAUUCCGUACCGUGACACGUGCACAGACGGCCGUGCAAGCAUUUAAGAAAGCACACAGCGGUCAUGUGCCUGCUCCAGGUGUUGUUGUAAAUGUGGCCAGCGGUACUUAUGAGUUCUCAGAUGCACCGCUGCAGUUCACUAGUGAGGACUCCGGAGAAGCAGGAGCUAUUGUAACUUACCGGGGUUCGGAUACCGGUGCUGUAGUGCUGUCCGGUGGUAAGGCAAUCCCCACAUCUAGCUGGCAGUUUCACUCCUCUGUAUCAGUACAGGCCAAUGCUGAUAGUGCUGGUGAUGCUAGUGUGCAUGGCAAACUACAUACUGGUGAUGCCCAGUACCAUCGUCAUCACGAGGAUUCCAAUGAUCCACGAUCUAUCAUUGAAGUGACGGGUAUAUCAGGCGCCGAGCAUCCCUGGCUGCACGCUGAACCGGAGAAAGCCAAGCUGGACAUGCAUAGUCCACAUCAUGUGUCCAAGCGGCAUGUCAAUGGACCAACGGUCGAUGUUAUGAAGGUGGAUCUGACAAAGCUGAACAUCACUAACUAUGGAGAUCUCAGCUCUGGUGAGCUCGGAGACUGUGCCAAUGACAAACUGGAGGCAUUCUACUCUGGAGAGCCUCUUGUCCUCGCACGCUAUCCUGACAUUGGUAGCGAUGGCAAACCUCAGUUCAUGAAUAUUGCCAAGGUCAUCAACAGCAGCAACCAGUUCCAGUAUAACAAUUCAAGGCUAUCUGCAGUGAAGAAUGCUAGUUCAAUGUGGCUACACGGCUACUGGGGGCAAGACUGGGCCGAUAACUACGUACGUGUUGUCAAACUCGACGGCGCCGCAUCCACUGUCACCACGGAUACCAAGACACCACCGGUGUAUGGCUUUCACAAGACUGCACGAUUCUACGCUUUGAAUACGCUGGAGUUCCUCGACUCUCCUGGUGAGUAUUAUCUUGACCGAGGCGCCGGAGUUCUCUACUUUGCCUUGCCCGCUGAUGCACCUGUGAAUGGCGAGCUGACAGUUUCAAUGCAGCCCACAGUAGUAUCGCUAAAGAAUGUGUCCUUCCUGACACUGGACAACCUCAACGUGAUGCACAGUAGAUCAGUGGCUGUGGAGAGUGAUAGCACGAUGAAUGUAACAUUCUCUAACAGCGCAAUCGUAGGUCAUGGUGGAAGAGCGUUGAGAGCUGGUGGUGCAGUACAGACUCUGAUACACAACAUAACUGCUCACGGUAUUGGAUGUGCGGGACUGUCCCUGGAAGGAGGGGACCUGCACUCACUAACACGUGCAAACUCCACAAUACAGCACUGUAGCGUGUAUGACUUUGCUCGCUGGAAGAGAACCUACAAUCCCGGUGUUGCAUUCGGUGGUGUCGGCAAUGACUACCUACACAAUACCAUAUAUGGAGGUCCACACACUGCCAUAUUCGGAGCAUGCAAUGAUUGUCUAUUUGCUUACAAUAACAUUUCCAACAUGUGCUUUGAGUCGACUGACACCGGUGCUUUCUACACGGGCCCAGUUGGAUUCGUCGUGGCAACGUGAUGCAUAACAAUAUCUUCUCUCACAUACGAACAACGGAGCACACCGUUCUUGGUGCACCGUCGGUGCAGGCUAUUUAUCUGGAUGACCAGAUGAGUGGGUUUCAUAUCUAUAACAACACUUUCAUUGACUGCCAGAAGGGGACGUUCAUUGGCGGUGGACGUCGCAACCUUGUUCAUGAUAACUACUACGAGAACUGUGACACGGCUGUACACUUGGAUGCGCGCGGUCUCAGCUGGAUGAGUGCAUACUGUCAAAAGAAUGGUUCCUUUCUGGCAGAAAUGGAGUCGGUGCACUACGACAAGCCACCCUGGUCCACGCAUUACCCAGAACUUCUGACCAUAUUCAGUGAAUAUCCUUGCUAUCCAGCAUUCUCCAGCUUCACUAACAACACCUACUGCAAAUGCAAGGAAUUUGCCGACGCGUCCACGGCCCAGAUUAGCAAGUGGUAUGCGUCCUCUUCAGGCAAUGUGGAAAAGUGCCCCUAGGUAUUUUAUACAGUCACGCAGUGUGUGCUGGUCAGGUGGCCGCCAGUAACAGUUACAAGCGGAUCAGGUGAACAGUACAUGUAGAUGUGCAGUGCCUGUGUUCUGUGCUUGCAAGGUCACUGAUCUCCAAUAGAGAAUCAUACUGGUCAAAACAUGUGCCAUGUAGAUGCUACAAGGCACUCAAUCCAGUGACUAAAAAGUGCCCAUGGGACUAUGGCAAAUUUCGAGAUUGCUACAUUCUUGAAACUAUUUACUAUGAUUAAACUCGUAGUUCCUUAUCUGUGCAGAGUCACAGUUCUCAAUGCCAAUGGUGGCAGUGCAUUUCCCACAAUAAUAGGGAACCUCUUGCUGAUGAUUGCUUUUGGCAGGAGACUUGACGUAGCAGCAACAUUCGUGAUUUUGUCCUUGUUCUUGUGUAGUAAGGCUCACAAAUUUCACAUGUCUCAGUAUCCUCUAAAUGAGCUGUUGGAUCGUGUGACUAUAGACAAACAUGAACCAUCGCAGUACGUGACUAGAUCCUGCUAUUCACUGGUUUGAGGGCUAUGGAAGGGGUUGAAAGGACAAGGUGCUCUGUUGGUAGUUGACACCUCAUGUACUUUACCUGUAUGACAUAGGUACACAUAUCCAUACUACCCGCACUGUCUGCGUAUUGUACAGUGACUUGUGUCUGCUACCAUAGGUUACUCGGGGUAACUGAUCUGUCCAUUCAA